UGUACCGCGGGUGGACACUUCAGCCUGAGUUGUUGGCAGCUAAUUAGUGGAAUAUGAGGUGCCAGUGAUGUACCAAUCUAGUAGCUGUGAGCCGACACCUUACCUCUCAGUGUAAAGACCGAACUCAAGUUAACCCAAGUCAAUGUUCUAGUGGUCGGCGAGUAAUUUAACUCUGUGACUCGAUACCCUAAGACUGCGCAGGUGCAAAACGGGAAAUUUGCCCUCGCACAGUACAACUCGUUUCGCGCGAAAACCUAUAAAUCGACGGACAUUCGCAUUGAGGAGGCGAGGCUGGUCUUAGUAGCCUCUUCCCCCUUUUAAAAAAGGGAAUCACUCCUCAUGUUAUCGUCAAUACCGCUGUGAACACCGGCAGAAGCAACGUUAUCGGCGACGGAACUGACACGGCCGCGCCAGUACAGCACCUGAGAAGAUCCUCCUCCAGCCCAGCGCGAAGUCGGAACCACCGCGACCUCCUUCCCUCCGUGUGUCGCCAGGGCACGAAGGGACAAGCCUUGCGGGCGUGCGUCGGGUGUGUUCUCGCGACAGUGAUGCUGGCGGGCGGCCUCGAAGAAGCCAUGUCUGGGUGCAAACCCCGCGCCACCGACUUCUCCAUCGCGGCGAUCAUGUCCCGAGGGUCGGCGGCGGCGGCGGCGGCGGCGGCAGCGGCGUCGGGUUUGCGGCACGCCACCUCCCCUGGCCUUCCCUUAGAGAAACUCACGGAGACGAGCAUCAAGUCCGAAGACGAGCUCGACGACAGCGCCGACAUCGAAGCCGAAGACAUCGACAUCGACGUCGUGUCGGACAAAGAUGACUGCGACCUCGACAGCAGCAAGGACCCGCUCGACAGGCCGGGCUCCAAAUCCCCCGAGUCGACCUCUUCCGACUCGACCCACAAGGAGUCGGGAAAGGCCGCGAAGCUGGAGAUGAAGACCAAAGGCAACUGCCCCGACCUCGAGACCAUCGACUGCCACCUGGAGACCAAGGAGCUGUGGGAGAAGUUCUUCGAGCUCGGGACCGAAAUGAUCAUCACCAAGACGGGACGGCGGAUGUUCCCCACCGUUCGCGUAUCCUUCACAGGACUCAAAUCAGAGCAAAGAUACGCCGUUUUGCUGGACAUCGUGCCGGUGGACAAUAAGCGCUACAGAUACGCCUACCACCGCUCCUCGUGGCUGGUCGCUGGCAAGGCCGACCCCCCUCCCCCCUACCGCCUCUACGCCCACCCGGACUCCCCCUACACCGGCGACCAACUCAAGAAGCAGAUCGUCUCCUUUGAGAAAGUCAAGCUCACUAACAACGAGAUGGACAAACAGGGACAUAUCGUCUUGAAUUCGAUGCACCGCUACCAGCCUCGCAUCCACCUGGUCCGUCUGAAGGAGGGCUUCUCAGGACCCAUCAACGACCUCGACCAAGAAGACCACAGGACCUACAUCUUCCCCCAGACCGUCUUCACCGCCGUCACCGCGUACCAGAACCAGCUCAUCACCAAACUCAAGAUCGACAGCAAUCCUUUCGCUAAGGGUUUCAGGGACUCGUCCAGACUCACGGAUUUCGAGAGAGAUACUAUGGAGUCAAUGCUGGUGGACCCGCGGUACCUGGGAGCUCCCCUCAGAGGCUAUCUUGAGCUGGACGCAGAGAACAACAACCUCCUGGAGAAGGCCCGAGCACAGCUGAUGUGGGACCGCCUGGCCGCGAUCACCGCCCCGCCAGGAGCCUCGGGAGCGCCCCCUCCGCCGCAAGUGGCGGCCGCAGCCGCAGCAGCAGCAGCAGGCCUCAUACCCCCCUCAAUACCUCCCCAGCUGUACACCCUCAACCCCACCCGUGGCAACCCGUCCCCCCUGCCGCUGCCUGCACACCUCUGGUCGCAGUGGACGGCGCUGCACGGCCUCAGCCACCCCAACCCGACGCUGCCGCACCUGUCCUCGCCGCACACGUCGACGGCGAGCCACCUGCCGCACUCGGCCCUCUCCGCCGCGCCCUCCUCGUCCUCGGCCUCGGUCUCGCAGGCGGCAGCGGCGGCGGCCCUCACCCGGCCGCUGUUCCCGGCGCCGCUGAACCUCCACCGCUACUCGCCGUACUUCCUGCCGAAGACGUCGCCCUCGGACCCGCGCGACCACGCCCUGCCCGACCACCAGUCCUAGAGACGCCCUCAACCCCUCCCCCGGCCCUGCUGACCGCAGCAGCCCCCGGGGGCGGGAGCCAAGUGUCUCAGCAGUCACCAGUGCCUAAGGGAACUUAGCUGCCUGGCGUGACUUUGUGUUGAGGUACCUGAAGUGACCCAAAGAUGCCAAGUUGGACUCACACCGAGACGCCGCUGCCGGACCCUACCUCCCUCCACUGCCGGGACUUCUGACGCCAGUGACGUGAGACGCUAACUAGGAUUCUUGCGUUUGGACGAAAUAAGGGACACAGAGGAUUGUGAAAUGUGCUGAAAUUAUCCAAUAUACGAAUAGAAAAAAGUAUGUUCGGUGCCACAGUCACGAGGGCGGUCAGAAGUGAAGUCUUAGCGCCUACAUCUCGCAGGCGAAGAACCAAAGGCUGUGAUGGACACUCCGAGUGCAGACCCCUGGCGAAGGGACGCGGGUGCGGUGUACAGGCUCUCGGGUGACACAGACUCCGGAAAAGGUGUCAGAGGUGUCGGUCGGGUAGUUACCCAUAGCUAACUACUUAACCCAAGUUUAGAACAGCGCUUAAGUAUCCUCGGACGAGAUUUCAAGGCGAGGCGACGGCGCCGGCUGGAGCCUCGCGCCCUUUCGCGCUGUCCACGAGCUUGGGACGUGGAACUCAGGAUCAAUGACUCAGCAUUUUGUGACAUAACAAAAUUUGUCGUUGUUGAGUAUCUGUCAACGUCAAUGUUUCUAUUUUUUCUCUUAUUUGAGAAGCGAAAUGUGAAUCUAUAUUUGUAUUUGUUACGUUUUUUAUUAAGUUCACAAUCCCCUGUUUCUCAAGGUAUUUUUUUAUAUAGAAAUAUGACUAUUUAAGUUUACAAGCUUUAACUUGGUCUUUGGACUGUUCCGUUUCAAAAGGAUCGUCAGAGUCGGGUAUGGAUUAAUAACAGGAUUGCAAAACAAAAAUACCACAUAAAUUAAACAAAAUAACAGACGAUUACAACGAAAAAGAGAAUAAAAAAAAUAACUAUGAUAAAUUUACCAUUAAAAAAAAACAAAAAAAAAACAUUGUUUUUUUUCGACCAAAUGAAAUUCACCUUGAAAGUAAUAAACAAAAAUUCCAUGAAAAUUUUCUCAGACCUGACCCCCUUACUCAGUAGGCGAUCUGAGACGACCUGUGCCAGUUGCGUGCUGUUUGUGAACGGAUAGUGAAAAUACCAGUGUAUGAUGAGAAGACUUUUUCCUAAAAGAAAGAUAAUUUUAUGAGUUAAGAUAUUUUUUUUAUUCUAAAAAAUUGUGUAAAUUGUGAAAAAUACAACAACAAUUAAACAAGUGUAGCGUGGCACAUUCUAAAGUCACGAGUGCCUUUGAAACUACUUGUGCCAAAGGUUAAUGUCCUUAUCCCCCCUCCCCCAACCCCCUCCCUCUUUUUUCGGAGUUCAUUCCUCUUUUCUUUCUGUUGUUUUUCCGUUUUUUUUUUUCUUUUUUUGAAAAUAAAGAUAUUGUCUGUUGUUGUGAUUCAAUUCUGUUUGUCUCUAGUUAAUCUCUCUCUCUCUCUCUCUCUCUCUCUCUCUCUCUCUCUCUCUCUCUCUCUCUCUCUCUCUCUCUCUCUCUCUCUCUCUCUCUCUCUCUCUCUCUCUCUCUCUAUUCCACAUGAAGAAAACGAUUGGAUUAUUGUAUAUUAUCUACAUUUUCUUUAAUUUUCUUCUAUCCAUCUCCCAAAUCUGCUUGUAAUUUCUGGCUUAGGUUAAUAUUAUUGUUAUUUUCUAAAAUCUACAUAAUUUCUGAAUGUUAUUUGAUGUGUAUAUAUUCAGAUAUGAACCGCUGUAAAUAUUGUUGUAUAUAGAGAAUAGUAUGCGACAUUUUCACCCCUAUGUUACAUUUAGGAAAAAUCGCAUCUCAUAUUUAUUGUAAAGGUUUUGGUAGAAGUUCAUGUAUAUAUAAGUUUUCGUAACUUAUUUUACAAAUGAGAUACCAUGUUGAUAAGAUUGCCCGAUCCUGCUGUACAUAUUCAGGUGAAUAUAUGUGAUGAAACCAUU